CCUCCGGAAAGCGUCGAGCGGCUUCGGCAGGUGGGGCGGGGCCGGGGCGGGGCCGAGGCCGGGCGGGGCCAGGCCCGGCACCCGGAUCCCCAGGCCCGCGCCCGCGCCCCGCGCCCCGAGCCGCCGCCAUGGGGGCCUGCCUGGGAGCCUGCUCCCUGCUCAGCUGCGCGUCAUGCCUCUGUGGCUCUGCCCCAUGCAUCCUGUGUGGCUGCUGCCCUGCCAGCCGCAACUCUACCGUGACACGUGUCAUCUUCACCAUCUUUCUCUUCUUGGGGGUGCUGGUGUCCAUCAUCAUGCUAAGCCCUGGCAUAGAGAGUCAGCUCUACAAGCUGCCCUGGGUGUGUGAUGAGGGGACUGGGACCCCUGUCCUGCAGGGCCACAUUGACUGUGGUUCCCUGCUUGGCUACCGUGCCGUCUACCGCAUGUGCUUCGCCACGGCAGCCUUCUUUUUCCUCUUCACCCUGUUCAUGAUCUGCGUGCGCAGCAGCCAGGACCCCAGGGCCACCAUCCAGAAUGGAUUUUGGUUCUUCAAGUUCCUGAUCCUCGUGGGCAUCACCGUGGGUGCCUUCUACAUCCCUGAUGGCUCCUUUCCCGAGAUCUGGUUCUACUUCGGCGUCGUGGGCUCCUUCCUCUUCAUCCUCAUCCAGCUGAUUCUACUCAUUGACUUCGCCCACUCCUGGAACCAGCAAUGGCUUGGCAAGGCUGAGGAACGUGACUCCCGCGCCUGGUACGGAGGCCUCUUCUUCUUUACCUUCCUCUUCUACUCCCUGUCGGUUGCGGCCGUAGUGCUGCUGUUCAUCUACUACACCCAGCCUGGCACCUGUCAUGAGGGCAAGGUCUUCAUCAGCCUCAACCUUGUCCUCUGUUUCUGCGUGUCCAUCAUCGCUGUCCUGCCCAAGGUCCAGGAUGCCCAACCCAACUCAGGCCUGCUGCAGGCCUCCGUCAUCACACUCUACACCAUGUUUGUCACCUGGUUGGCCCUAUCCAGCAUCCCUGACCAGAAAUGCAACCCCCACCUGCCCACCGUGCUCAGCAACCAAACGGCAGGCCCUAAGGACUAUGAGACCCAGUGGUGGGACGCCCCAAGCAUUGUGGGGCUCGUCAUCUUCUUCCUGUGCACCCUCUUCAUCAGUGUGCGCUCCUCAGACCACCAGCAGGUGAACAACCUGAUGCAGACGGAGGAGUGUCCUCCCACCCUGGAACAGCAGCAGCAGCAGGUGGCCUGCGAGGGCCGAGCCUUCGACAACGAGCAGGAUGGUGUCACCUAUAGCUACUCCUUCUUCCACUUCUGCCUGGUGCUGGCCUCCCUGCACAUCAUGAUGACACUCACCGGCUGGUACAAACCUGGUGAGUCCUGGAAGAUGAUCAGCACGUGGACGGCCGUGUGGGUGAAGAUCUGUGCCAGCUGGGCAGGGCUGCUCCUUUACCUGUGGACCCUGGUGGCUCCUCUCCUCCUGCCCAACCGCGACUUCAACUGAGAUAACCCCUACAGCCUGCCUGGUGCCUCCUGCUCAGCGACAACCUGCCCACCUCGUCCCUCCCCACCUCCAGGACUUGCGACUGCCCUGGGCUGCUCCAGUCUUAGUGCCUUCAGGGUCUGAGGAUCCCCUCCCCAUGGAGCUGUCCCUCCUUUCCCUUGUCCCAUUGCCCAUACACGGCCACUUGAGAGAACUCAGGCCCAUAGGAGAGGGGCCCUGUGGGAGAGAGCUGCUCAGAGCAGGGCAUGGAGUGGGGUACUCACCAUGAUGGGUGCUGCUGCCCGAGCACUCCUGGCUAUGCCCAUGGGCGCCUGCCCCUCCUACCCCCAGACUCUGUGCCUUGCUGAGUCUCUGAGACUUAGCCUAAUAAACUGAUGUGUGUAUCUCC